GGCAUCUUUGUUAGGGGCAUAUGCCGUCGACUACGGAGCGCGAGAGAGGCCAUGACGGUCUCCGCGGCUCCUGCGUGAGGGACGGCUCUCGGUACGGGGCGGAGACCGAGCUACGGCAGGCGUUGGGAGGUGCGGGGCGGCGGGGAUCGCUAGGUUCGUUCCCUGCUCGCUGCUCCAUGGCCCAGGCGUCUCGCUCUGGUGGCCUGUCCCCGCUGUGGGCGCAAGCCGGGGGCACCGGGGAGGAGCAGUGGGAGGGAAGGUGGACGGGCUUUCUCCCCCGAGAGGGUCCUGGCCGGCAGGGGCCGCCGUUCGCCGCCAGCAUCCUCGGCCUGGACCUCCGGCCCGGCGGAGCUCCGGGAGGGCCGCCGUGGUGGCCCGCGUUGGCAAACGAGGACCGCGAUGCCGGCGAGGCGGAUUGGAGGCGGGAGCCCGCAGGCGGCACCCCGAUCCCUCCCGCGCUGCGGCGUCUCCGGCAGGUGCUGCUGCGGCUGCUCCGCGAGCGGGAGCAGCUCCUUCAGGCCCGGGACUGCGCCCGCCGCUUGCAGGCGGUCGUGCGCCUCCUGGGGACCCUGACCCCCAGCGCGCCCGCCCACGGCCCAGGCCCCCUGCCCCAGCUGUGCCGCGACCUGCAGCUGCACCCUUCCCGAGAAGCCGCCGUGCGAAUCAGCCACCGGAACUCUCUGGAGCCGCUGCUUCUAGCGCGGCCCAUCGGACUAGCGGCCCAGCGCCUGGAUGCUGCCAUCGAGAUGCAGCUUCGCGCUCUGGGCCGGGAUCCCUCCAGUCUGAGCCUGACGUCCCAGCUCGCAGAGCUGCUGCUGUCGCUUCCCGUCUACCACAGGCUGCAGGGAAAAGCCAUGAGCCACAUCCCAGGGGCAGCGCGCCCUUUCCCUGCAGACCGCGUGCUUCGUCUCCUAACAGGGGAGCGGGGUUGCCAGGUGGCAAGUCGGCUGGAUGAGGCACUCAGGGGACUGUGCUUGCCGGACGAGCUCCGCAGGCGGUGUCAGGAGGAGCGGGAGCUGCUGCCGGGGUUGCUGGGCCUAGUAGGGGGGGUGGCCGGUUCUGGCAACAGUGGGCUGGGGCUUGGAGGAGCCGGAGCCCUCUGGAGUCGGUAUUGGACGCUUCUGUGGGCAGCCUGCGCACAGAGGCUGGACCUAAAUCUAGGACCCUGGAGGGGACACAGGGCAGUGGCGCAACAACUUAGCGAGGCGCUGGUUCAGGCAUCCCUGCCUCAGGAGUGUGUGAAGGAGCUGGCUUCUUUGUGCCACAACCUACUUCAUCAUUCUCUUAUCCGGAGCUGGGACCAAGGUUUCUGCCAGGCCUUGGCAUCGGCAGCCCUUGGGGAUCAGAGCAGCCCUGCCUCGCACUCUCAUACUACUGAACUGUUGGAGCAGCUUUUUGCCCCACUCUUAGACACCCUCCAAGAAUGCAGGUCAGGAUUGAUCCUCUGUCAGCCUCCAGGCCCAGCACCUGUUGCCCUAGGGCUCUGUACCCUGCAGAUCACCUUGCUCUGGUUGGUGGGCAGAACUCAGCAGCACCUGGCAGCAUGGGCCCCAGAUUCCUUCCUGCUCCUGAUCCAGAAGCACUUACCUCCUCUAUUGAAUGAGGCCGAAGCUUUAUCCAGUCUGACUUCAGAGGAAAACUUAACUCUGGAAGUGGAGCAGCAGCUAGGCCUGGAGAUCCAGAAGCUGACUGCACAGAUGCAGCUCCUGCCUGAAGAGUCACUAAGUCUUUUUUUCCAAGAAUGUCAUAAACAAGCCACACAGGGCUUCAAGCUUUACAUGCCACAGGGUCGGUACUGGAGGCUGCGUCUCUGUCCUGAACUUCCCCGAGUUCCUAGUGAGUACGCUGGGUUGGUGGUUCGCACUGUACUGGAGCCGGUGUUGCAAGGAGUGCAGGAACUGCCACCCCAAGCCCAGGCCCUCGCCCUCAGUCAGGCGCUGACAGCCAUCCUGGGUGCCUGGCUCGACCACAUCCUUACGCAUAGGAUCCGGUUCAGCCUGCAGGGGGCGCUGCAGCUCAGACAAGACUUUGGAGUGGUCAGGGAGUUGCUGGAAGAAGAGCGGUGGGACCUGUCCCCGGAGCUUCGUCAGACUCUGCUCAUGCUCGGCAUCUUCCAGCAGCUAGAUGGGGCCUUGCUGUGUCUACUGCAACAGCCUCUGCCCAAAACGCGAGUCCACAGGAGGUCCCUUUGUUGCUGUGUUUGUAAUGAGGUCCAGACCAUGGGAUUGGCCAGCAGCAGCCUCAACAGCCUGGAGAACUUGGAGCCCUCUCUACAGCCUGGAGUAGACAACCCAGCCCAGACAACCCAGUUGCAAAGCACCCUGGGGAUUGGGAGAGCUAGCCUUGAGGCUUACCUGGUAGGAAAUCAGCAGGCCUGGCUUGCCCUUAGGCAGCACCGGCGCGCCCCUUGGUCCCUGCCUUUUCUUGGCUGCCUGGGGACCAGUCCUGAAGCCUGAGAGACCUAGGAUUAGGAGUUCUUCAUCUCUGAAUGGAAAACCAUGGACAUUUGGAACUGCAAUUUCAAGAAACCUAGACCUGAGUGUUUAGAAGAAAGUAUACAUAAACUGCAUAGCGCCUGGAAUUACAAAAGACUCCAAGAUCAUUCUAGUGCCUGUAAUCCACAGUAAAGAGCAAAAUCAUUGCCUGUAA